AUGGCGCUUUGCCACAUCGGUCGGCCUCCGGGCAGGGGAGAAGCUACGAGGUGGAGUUCCCAAACCGGCGCUUUGAGGUGCCUGACCUGGAGAAGCUGCUUGAGGAGUUGGACCAGGAGACGGAGAAAAGCUCUGUGCCGAGCCUGCAGAGCCACAAGGACAUGGACGGCCUCCCCUUCUCAGAGCCUUCAGCAUCAAGCAGAGAGGUCUCGAGCGGACGCUGGGGUCCGGAAUCAAAGCCCUACAGGCCCUUCAAUUUCCAGAGCUUGGCCGAGGGCUGCCCAGAUCUGCGGCAGCGCUGCAAGGAGGCUUUUGAGAGCGUCGUCAAAGAGUCCCUUCACGAGGAUGCUCAGAAGCCAUACAGGGAGAAGCCCCAGCCCAGGAAGCUCCCGUCGCGAACUCCAAAGUCUGAACAUUGGAACUUCAGUUUCAACGUGA